AUGAAGGAAAAAGAAGAGAACAAUAAUGGAAACUGUGGUUAUAACGAUGUUGUAAAGUUUCUAAACUUGAACAAAGGCAAUGAUAACUACACUCUGACAAGGCCUGUGAAAAACUACAAUACUGUUACAGAGAUAUCACAUCUAAUGAAAGUUUUUGGGAUCCUAGAUAUGGUAAAAACCGAACAGCUCUUCAUUUCUUAUAUUUGGGUAUUUUUGAGAUGGAAAAAUGAGCACAUUUCUUGGAACCCAAAGGAAUUCUGUGGACUUGAAUCCAUAACAAUUCCUACUGAACUGUUAUGGAUGCCAGAUUUAAUUAUCGAAGAAAUGACAGAGAAGGAUAGGGCUACUACAAACCCUUUUCUGACGAUUUAUUCAAAUGGCAACGUCUCAUUUAGGAAUGAUCAUGUGGUAGUAAGCACCUGUAAGAUGAAUGUGUACAAAUUCCCCUUUGACAUUCAGAGCUGCAACCUCUCCUUCAAGUCAAUGACACAUACUCCUCGAGAAAUAAAUUUGAAAACACUGGAAAAUGAUAAAGUGAUAACAAGGUGGUCCAAAGACUUGAUAGAAACACAGGAUGAAUGGGAGUUCCUCAACAUUACAGUCAACAACCAAACCAGUGAUUUGGACUCAUUUCAAUCUAUGCUUGUUUACACUAUUACCAUGAAGAGGAGAUCUGUCCUCUACAUUGCCAAUUUCAUUCUGCCGAUCCUCUUCUUCUUAAUUCUGGACUUGGUCUCCUUCCUGAUCUCAGAUAGUGGGGGUGAGAAGCUCAGUUUCAAGGUGACUGUCCUGCUUGCUGUCACCGUGAUGCAGCUUAUACUCAAUGACAUUCUGCCGAGCUCUUCAAACAAGGUUCCACUUAUAGCUCUCUACUGCGUUGGGGUUUUUACUCUGAUGCUGCUCAGCCUCUUGGAAAGCAUUUUAGUGAUGCAUCUGCUUGAUAAAGACUCUGCUACACAAAACAACAAGACAGAUGGUGACCAAAGCCUAAGGAUGAAGAAAUGUUGUCACUGUGCACCUGUAUAUGAUGCAUCGCCUGAUGAAACAGAAUCUGUGACCAAAGAGGAUAGCAGCAGCAAAUUGAUGGAGGCAUCCCUUAAUCUCAAACAAGUCUUAAAUGAACUGGAAGAGAACGGGAAAACAAUGAAUCUGCUUGGCAGUAAAAGGAAAGACGUGAAGUCUGGCUACUGGACUAGAAUAGCUAAAAGAAUCAAUAAGAUGUUCUUAAUUUUUUAUAUCACAACACUCACUGUGUUUUUGGGAACUAUGUUUUCAUUGUGGAACAGUGAAAACUACUAG